AUGGCGGCUAAAUCGGACGGGGUCCUGAAGAUGAAGAAGAGCGACGUGGCCUUCACCCCCCUGCAGAACUCGGAUCACUCCGGCUCGGUGCAGGGGCUCCACCCGGGCGCCCAGCCCGACUCUGCGGGCACCGGGGACGGGGACUUCGCCAACGGGGAGUCGCGGUGCUGCGGCGGGGGAGGCUCCAACUCGACGUGCCUUCGCCCGGGCAGGGAGCAGCAGAAAUACACGGUGUGGGACUGCCUGUGGAUCGUAGCCGCGGUGGCCGUGUAUCUGGCCGACGUGGGCACCGACGUGUGGCUGUCGGUCGACUACUACCUCCGCCGCGACUACUGGUGGUUCGGCCUGACGCUCUUCUUCGUGGUGCUGGGCUCCUUCUCGGUCCAGCUCUUUAGCUUCAGAUGGUUCGUCCACGACUUCACCACCGAGGACGGCGCGGAGUCCGCCGCCGACUGCUCCCACAUGGACGGGAACAAGCUGCUGAGCGGCUCGGCCUCACACGGCGACGUUACCGCUCAACACCACCCGGCCACGCCGCAGAGACAGGCGUCGACCGCCAGCAAGAACACCACGAGCAACAGCACCGCGAGCACCGCGUUGGGCAGCAGGAGUAGAAAACGCUCUGCCUACUACUCCUUCUGCGUCUGGUUCGGCCAGUCCGUCAUCCACAUCCUCCAGCUGGGCCAGAUAUGGAGGUAUUUUCAUACUAUCUACCUGGGCGUUCGGAGUCGUCAGAGCGGUGAGACGGAGCGCUGGCGUUACUACUGGAGGAUGGUCUAUGAGUUUGCAGAUGUGAGCAUGCUGCAUCUCCUGGCCACCUUUCUGGAGAGCGCUCCACAACUGGUGUUGCAGCUGUGCAUCAUCAUACAGACACACAAGCUCCAGGCUGUGCAAGGUAUGACAGCUGCAGCCUCCCUCGUCUCUCUGGCCUGGGCCCUGGCCUCCUACCAGAAGGCCCUGCGAGAGUCUCGGGAUGACAAGAAGCCCAUCAGCUACCUGGCUGUCAUCAUCCAGUUCUGCUGGCACUUCUUCACGAUCGCCGCGAGGGUCAUCACCUUCGCCCUGUUUGCCUCUGUGUUCCAACUCUACUUUGGCAUCUUCAUUGUCCUGCACUGGUGCAUCAUGACCUUCUGGAUUGUCCACUGUGAGACAGACUUCUGCAUCAGCAAGUGGGAGGAGAUUGUGUUUGACAUGGUGGUGGGCAUAAUCUACAUCUUUUCCUGGUUCAACGUCAAGGAGGGACGGACAAGGUGUCGGCUUUUCAUCUAUUACCUGGUGAUUCUGGUGGAGAACGCUGCUCUCAGUGCGCUGUGGUAUCUCUACCGGUCGCCUCACACCACUGACGCCUUUGCAGUGCCAGCACUCUGCGUCAUCUUCAGCAGUUUUCUCACCGGUGUGGUUUUCAUGCUCAUGUACUAUGCCUUUUUCCAUCCCAACGGGCCGCGCUUUGGUCGCUCGCCGAGCGGCCAGGGUCUCGACCUAGACCCCACGGCUCAGUUCUCCACGCUACCGUCUGAAGGUGCCACCAACUCGCUGCGUUCCAACCGAGGUGCCAGCUCGACCCUGGAGCGGGACGCGGGGAAGUAUUCCGAGCGGGACGGCUGCAUGCCAGUUUUUCAGGUGCGACCCACAGUGCCAUCCACGCCAUCGUCUCGCGCCCCGCGCCUCGAAGAGACCGUCAUCAAGAUCGACCUCUGUAGGAAUCGCUAUCCAGCCUGGGAGCGCCAUGUCCUCGACCGCAGUAUACGCAAGGCAAUCCUGGCCAUAGACUCGUCGCUGACUCCUCCACGGCUGCAGUACAAGGACGACGCUCUGGUGCAGGAGAGGUUGGAAUAUGAGACCACGUUAUAGUUCCACCCUGUUCUCGGAACCCAGAAAGGGAUGCAACCGUCAGAGUAUUAUCCUGCUAUCAUGAAAAAAAACAUCAACAGGGACUGUGGCAAUAAGAAUUUCUUACUACCAACAAUCUCACUUUUCAU